ACGUCAGUUGCUCUCGUGCUUCUAGCGAAAGGGAAAAUGUCGGCGUGUUAGUGGGGUUUUGUUGUGCCACUAGAGAGUGACUUUUAGCUACGGUUUCCUGAACAUAUUUUACCGAAGAAAAUCCUCCAUCAAUACGGCUUCGAAAAGACUCUACAUCGUCGGGUUUGCCAAUAUAUGGCGUAUCAGUCCUACUGGUUGGCGAUGUCAGUAGCAAAGAAUGAUUUUGUCGUGGGUGGCAAAUACAGGCUGAUGAGGAAGAUUGGCUCUGGAUCCUUUGGCGACAUUUACCUCGGUAUCAACAUCGCUAAUGGCGAGGAAGUUGCUGUUAAGAUGGAGCCUGUGCGUGCUCGGCAUCCACAACUUUUGUACGAAUCCAAAUUAUAUAAAAUUCUGCAUGGCGGUAUAGGAAUACCUCAUAUACGUUGGUAUGGGCAAGAACGAGAUUAUAAUGUACUUGUUAUGGACCUUCUUGGUCCAUCUCUUGAAGAUCUUUUCACUUUUUGUACAAGAAGGUUUACAAUUAAAACAGUCUUAAUGUUAGCAGAUCAAAUGAUUGGUAGGAUCGAAUAUGUUCAUUGCAAACAUUUUAUUCAUAGAGAUAUCAAACCAGAUAAUUUUCUAAUGGGUAUUGGUCGUCAUUGUAAUAAGCUGUUUAUUAUUGAUUUUGGAUUAGCUAAAAAGUAUAGAGACAAUCGUACGAGACUACAUAUAAUGUACCGAGAGGAUAAAAAUUUAACAGGCACAGCAAGGUAUGCUUCAAUUAAUGCUCACCUUGGAAUAGAACAGAGCCGUCGUGAUGAUAUGGAAUCACUUGGUUAUGUGCUUAUGUAUUUCAAUCGAGGAUCUUUGCCUUGGCAAGGACUUAAAGCUGCUACCAAAAAGCAGAAAUACGAAAAAAUAAGUGAAAAGAAAAUGUCCACACCCGUAGAAGUUUUAUGUAAAGGAUUUCCUGCUGAAUUUGCGAUGUAUUUAAAUUAUACGAGAGGUUUACGUUUCGAAGAAAGUCCAGAUUACAUGUAUCUUCGUCAACUUUUCCGUAUACUCUUUCGUACAUUAAAUCAUCAAUAUGAUUACACGUUCGAUUGGACAAUGUUAAAACAAAAAGUAGUAGUAGGUAGUAGUGUUAAUAGUGGAGCAACUGCAGCUGGUCCAAGUCAAGCAGCUCAAGGUGCUCAGGGUCAAGGACAAGCCCAAGGUCAAGCACCCACUCAGCCCAAUGCUCAAGCAGGAGCACGUUAAAACUACAACCGAUCGUCAUUGCAUCAAUCCUAUUUGCAGUUGCAAAAGUGUCCAAGAUCAGGUACUCAACUUUGUAUGAAUGCCAUGUCAAAGAGUUCAAUCAAUCAAUCCUCUAAGUUUAUACGACAGAGGAGUUCUACGAUUACAAACGUAUCGUACACGAUAAAGGACAAUGCCACGAAUACACGGUUGUGAAUUCACUGAUCAGUGAAAAUUUCAGUGUAUUCUUAGAGCUUAGAGUUUUGGUUGAUCCACCUCUUUUUGGGCUUAAAAUCCAAGUGAGAUCAGCCAGAGGUGGCUUGUUCUUAUUUUGUUAUUACCUAUUUAAUUCACCGUUGAUACUAAUUGAAAUAAAGGUUUUGAUGCCCCGAAGACGUUUGUAAGAAAAUACACAUAACGGUGUAACGUGUGAUUUAAUUAAAAAAAUCGACAUAUAUCUUUCAUAGAAAGAAAGAGAGAACAUUGUGACUAUUCUUAAAUAUUCGGGGUAGUUGAUGAAAUACAACAUACAAAAUUUUAUAUCUAUUCUACAAAUAGAAAGAAACACGCGAGAAUGAGUGAAUGGUUAAGCGAGAGUGUGAAGAAAAUAUAACUGUACUGAGAUAUAAAUACAGUUUGUUGCUUCCCAAUUUUUGUUUCAUUCUCAGUACUAUAUAGUAUAAAUAUAACGUGUGCAAUUUGAGAGAAAUGUUAUUUUUCUUGUAUAAGUCCCCAUGUCAAUGGUAUCAAAGAUUUUCCUUUGAUAGUAUUGACUCCGAUGAUAACAUUUUUUUAUAUAAAUAUAUAUAUACAUAACGUACACAUAGGAAUAUAUAUGCGUACAUACAAGUAAGUGACAGCAGUAUCUUCGAUCAAGUACUGACAAAUAAUACGAUCAUUAAGGCAACAGUUUAAUUUUUAGGUACACCGUGUCAAUCGAGAAACGAGCAAAUUGCUGGGAUUUUUGUCCUAACGAACUUGAUUAUUUACUCUCUUUCUUUCUGUGAGUACGUUCAGUCGAUUAUAAUAAACAAGAUCAACGUUGAACAGACUUUUUAUAUUGAAAAUGGAUUACAGGUUUACUUUUCAUGUAAAUAAGAUAAUUAAAAAAAAAA